GCUGGUGCCACUGGACUCCGGGUUUGAUGCGGAGAUGAAGUCCUCAGUGACCAGAAGACAGUAGUCAACCCGACACGCUACUUUAGCGCACAACUUUUAGUGUCCGCUGCUCUUCCAGCCUGCUGUCAUACCCGGCGAAAACACUAGACAUUUUGCUCUACUUUCAGUCAUUUUUUGCCUUUUUAUCUGGGCCAGGCUAGACGUGUCGUGCGGUAUCCCCAAUACCUUUCGUGGAUUUCCCCACCCGCAGCCCAAAUACGGUGGUGCUUUGACGGGAAAAAACCUACUUUGGUGGAUUGUUUCCUUACCAUGAAGAGGACAUGUGGAAGAAGGUACGAACCGACUGAAGAGGAGUAUUUCUGCGCCUAACACAGAUGCAGUGAAGGUGCCCUGGUUGCGGUUCAGCCUGCUCGGUCAUCGUGCAUUUUUGGGAGAAGUCGUGUGGAGCACACAAAGCUUUUUAAAGCCGAGGACACAACAAGUUUGGACCAUGCACCCGCUGUGCUGACAGAAGACUGAGCUGAAACACUGACGCUUGUUUCUAACUGUUGUUUUCACCACAACACAAAGUUGGACAAUCCACAGAAGUUUUCAGGCUGUCCGCUUGCUAUUUGCAGAGCUGUACACGGGGAAAACGUGCUUUAUACUCACAUUAGUCUGAAACCGCUCUUAGCCAAAGUGUAUUUUUACUGCAGUGAUUUGACCACCGUGUGAGAGGCUCCUGAACUGAGGUCCACUUUAAAUGCGGACUGGUUUGCGGUCGGUGAGAGCACCGCCGAGCUGCCAGUGCCGCUUGAUUUUUAAUCCAAGGCUAAACAGAAGUCGCUUAUUGUUUUACUACUUAGCACCAACACUAUGGAGCUGACAUACACGAGUAUUGUCCUGCUGGGGUGCUUCUUCCUGGACUGGUUUCUCCUGGCUUCUGCAGAGGAAGAGGUCCUGAUGAACACUAAGACGGAGACUUCUGAUCUCAAAUGGACCGUCUUCUCACAUGCCAAACCCGAGUGGGAGGAAGUAAGUGGUUUGGAUGAGGAGAACAACAGCGUGAGGACCUAUCAGAUCUGUCAGACUGACAGCGCCUCCAGCCAUUGGCUGCGCAGCGGCUUCAUCCAGCGGAGAGGAGCUUCUCAGGUCUACGUGGAGCUGCGCUUCACCGUGAUGGAGUGUUCCUCCAGGAGCAUCCACCACCGCAGCUGUAAGGAGACCUUCAACUUGUACUACUACCAGGCCGACUCCGACGAGGCGACGUCCUCCUACCCGCCCUGGAUGGAGAACCCAUACACCAAGGUGGACACAGUGGCUGCAGACUUUCUACGGAGGAAGGGCGGGGAGAGGAAAUUCAAUGUGAAGACCUUAAGGCUCGGCCCUCUGUCCAAGAGAGGUUUCUACUUGGCCUUCCAGGCUCAGGGCGCCUGCAUGGCCCUGCUGUCCGUCAGGGUCUUCUUCAAGAAGUGUCCCCCCCUGGUCAGUGCUCUUUCCUCCUUCCCAGAGACCGUCCCCCGCACCCUGGUGCAGGAGGCCCAGGGUGUGUGUGUGGAGCACUCCGCCCAGCAGGGGCCUCGACCUCGGCCCCCGAAGCUCUUCUGCGGGGAAGACGGUCAGUGGGUGGGCCAGCCGACAACUUCCUGUGCCUGCAUGCCAGGAUAUGAACCCUUCGAAGGACAAACCAGAUGCACAGCCUGUCCUCCAGCUCAGUUCAAGUCCUCCGCAGAGGGACAGUGCAAAGGCUGUCCAGGUUUCAGCCAAGCCACCAUUGCAGGGGCCUCAGUCUGUGCGUGUCUAUCUGGAUACUUGCGUGCAGAGUCUGACACUCCUGACACACUGUGCACAAGACCUCCCUCAGCUCCGCGCACCGUCCUCUCCCAGAUCAACGACACCACGCUCAGCCUGAAGUGGAAUGAGCCUCUGGACAACGGCGGCAGAACAGACCUGAGCUACGCCAUCAGAUGCUCCUUCUGCAGGUCCCCUAAGGGCCCCUGCCUGUCCUGCGGGGACAGCGUCAGCUACCGGCCCGAGCAGCAGGGCCUGCUGGGUCGCAGGGUGGAGGUGUGGGGCCUGCUGCCUCAAACCACGUACUCCUUCACAGUGCAGUCUCUCAACGGGGUGUCUCAUGUCAGCGGCAAGGACCCUGCCAGUGGAAGUGUCAAUAUCACCACCAGCCACAACGUGCCGUCGCUGGUGUCUGUGAUUCGGAAGAGUGACUCCACAGAGAGCAGCCUGACUCUGCACUGGUCAGUCUCCGCUCAGCUACACUACACCAUCCUGCAGUAUCAGGUCCGCUACUGUGAGAAGGAGCGACGUAGUGAGGACCAGUGCCACUACACAGAGAGCAACAAGAACCAGGCGGUGCUGACGGACCUGCGCAGGGCGACCCAGUACGAGAUUCAGGUUCGGGUGCGCACCAUGGGCGGUUACGGCAGCUUCAGUCCUGCAGCCUUCUUCCGCACACUGCCUGAUAGUCACGACUCUGCCGCCCAGUUCCUAGUACCUGGCAUCCUUAUCGCUGUCGGGAUGUUGCUGCUUGUCACUUUCGUCUUAGUGGCCGCCUACUGCAUACGCAGACACAGCCGAGUAAAGGAUCCAGAGCUGAGCGACAAAAACAGCCAGUACCUCAUCGGCCAAGGGGUCAAGGUUUAUAUCGACCCCUUCACCUACGAGGACCCUAAUGAGGCCGUGCGAGAAUUUGCCAAGGAGAUUGAUGUUUCCUUUGUUAAGAUCGAAGAGGUUAUCGGUGCUGGAGAGUUUGGAGAGGUGUGUCGAGGGCGGCUGAAGGUCCCGGGGAAAAAAGAAAACUAUGUAGCCAUUAAAACACUAAAAGGGGGCUUCACUGACAAGCAGAGGCGGGACUUCCUGUCUGAAGCGUCCAUCAUGGGUCAGUUCCAGCACCCCAACAUCAUCCACCUGGAGGGCAUCAUCACGGCAAGCUGCCCCGUCAUGAUCCUCACAGAGUUCAUGGAGAACGGAGCACUGGACUCUUUCCUGCGGCUGAAUGACAGCCAGUUCACUCCCAUCCAGCUGGUGGGAAUGCUGCGUGGCAUCGCCUCCGGCAUGAAGUACCUGGCAGAGAUGAGCUACGUCCACCGGGACCUGGCUGCCCGCAACAUCCUGAUCAACAGUAACCUGGUGUGCAAGGUGUCUGACUUCGGCUUGUCGCGCUUCCUGCAGGAGAAUUCCUCCGACCCCACCUACACCAGCUCUCUGGGAGGUAAGAUCCCGAUUCGCUGGACAGCACCCGAGGCCAUCGCCUUCAGAAAGUUUACCUCGGCCUCAGAUGUGUGGAGCUAUGGCAUCGUCAUGUGGGAGGUCAUGUCUUUUGGAGAGAGGCCGUACUGGGACAUGAGCAACCAGGAUGUUAUCAAUGCCAUAGAGCAGGACUACCGACUGCCCCCCCCACCUGACUGCCCGACCCACCUGCACCAGCUGAUGCUGGACUGCUGGCAGAAGGACCGCUCGGCGCGCCCUCGCUUCGCAGACCUCGUCAGCGCUCUGGACAAACUGAUCCGAAACCCGGCCUCGCUGAAAAUAGUGGCUCAAGAGGGAGCAGGGCUGUCUUACCCCCUGCUGGACCAGCGAGCACCUUUAUCCCUCUCAGCCUGCGCCUCUGUGGGGGAAUGGCUGAGGGCCAUCAAGAUGGAGCGCUACGAAGACAGCUUCCUGCAGGCCGGCUUCAACUCGGUGGACCAGUUGGCCCAGAUCAGCACAGAGGAUCUGCUGCACAUGGGAGUGACUUUGGCCGGACACCAGAGGAAAAUACUCUCCAGCAUCCAGACACUGACCUUUCGGAACAAGAGCACUGCAACCGUGACCUUUUAGCUCACCUGUUGUCUAGCCUGGACUCCAACCCACCGGUGCAGCCAUGUACCGAGAGCACUCUGCUCCCUCUCUGAACACGGACUCCAAGGGAAACUGGCAGAAUUUUAUAAUGACCAGGGGAAAAAAACACUAAAAAUGACUUUGUGAUCACGUUGUCGGACACAGUGACGUUUGGACAGUCAACGUCGUGCAGACCUGACUGACAUUUUUAAACGUGCUACACCAAGAGGAGAAUAUGAUCAGAAUUCACAGUUUCUGUAGUAUUAUGUCAGUUGACUGGUUUGUUGUUCUGAGAAAAAAAUCACUUCACGAAAGGAGACACAAAAAAAAGCCCAUAUCGUUGUGUAAUCAUGAAUGAGAACUGCUUUCACCCUGGGUGUCUUGCCAUUUAAUCCAUCUGGAUUACGUUACAACAUAGACGUUUUUCACAUCAAGAACAUUUUAACUGUGGAUUGUACUUCUCUGUUGCUCUUUGACUUCAACAUUACCUCCUCUUUACUCAGGUGUGAUGUGUAAUGCAAACUUUGGAGAGCGCUGUACUCGUCCUAAUCAGACGUCUUCUUCUUCACGGGGCAGAGAGACACAUCAGCACUUUUGUCGUUUCAGAGUGAAUCUGUAACUCCAUGUAAUUCUCUUGGAGUGCGGUUGGUUAUAUCUAUUGCCUGUGUUUCGGGCAGCUCUGUUUUAUUGUAAUCAGACUGAACAAGUGUGCACUCAGAGACCAGAGAACACUGAAGAGCUGGUUUUCUUUGUAGACAUUUACCAUGGAAGCUGUCUGGCUUAAACAAGUUUUUGUUGAUAUAAAUGGUGCAUCUUUAAUUCUCUUCCUCUGUAUUCUCCAUCUACCGGUGCCAUUCAGUCGUCUUUGUGGACUUAAAUGCCAAUUUUUAUAAAGCAGAAGUCUCUCAUGGGUGAUUCUUGUCUCAUUAAAAUGCACCUCAAAGGGUUACUUUGACAUUUUGAAGUUAAGUAUUUUGCAAAUGUUCCUGCCUUUUGCCUCAAAGCUACACAAAAUAUGUUUCCUAAAAUUUAGCACAAAAGAAAAGCACAUCUACCAGCUAAGCUAACGUGCUAGCUUGCGGUAUCCAUUGGUUUCAGAGGGGAAUGCUAACACCACUGCUGUUUGGUUAGCACACCCCCACAUGUUAAGUGUAUUAUUUUCUUUCAUUAGAUGCUGGUUGUGUGGUCAGCAAACAUUGUUAAGCAUUUAGCAUAAAGCACAUUACAAAGCUAACAUGCCAUCUUGCAGCCAGUCGUUUCCAUUGGUUUCAAGGUGGAAUGCUAAUAAUAUUGUUGCGCUGCUUUUUGAUUAUCCGACACAAUAUUACAAGUGUUUGAUGAAGAGGAAUAACAGACAGGAGUUCAAAAUGUCAAUGUAUUGCUCAGACUUUGCAUCUCUCCGAGGAUAAUACCAGUCUUUUGACAUUAAGGUCUGGCAUCCUUUUCUGCACUAAAUCUGGAAAAUUAGGUUUUAACAGUGUGAUACAAAAUACCAUGAUUGCUUUUCUAAGUGAUUUAACCUUGGUGCCAUAGAGCACUUUUAUAAAAUAUAAUUUCUUCUUCAUGAUUUGGUCAUUUUAAGUGAGGGCGAUUUGGGUUUCCUUCUUCAUUGGACUUUCUAUUUCUAUAAUUAUCUAGGGUUUCAAGAGGUUUAAUGUGCAAUAUACACACAUUUUAAAAUCCAUUCAAAUCUGAUGUUUAACAUAAAUUGAAGUCUGCUAAAUACACACCAAACGAUGUGUAAAAGCCACAUGCUGAGUAGUACUGUUUGUGUUAUCACUUCAAAAUGUCCAAUGUGGGUGAUAGGAUAAAAUCAUCGACUCUUAACCAAUGUGUAUAUUGAGCCUUAAUCAAAAAACUGGUAUUGUCACGCAAGAGUUUGAGAGAAUCCUUUUAGGAUUAUGGGAAAUGUGAUCUUCAUAUUGAAGAUCUCAAUAAAACCAACUUUGUAAUAAUGAAUAGAUAAAAGUAUGUUUUGAUUACUGUCCUGUGUGUAGGCUAAUCUGUAUUCAGUAUUCAUAAUAAAGAUACACACCAGUGUUUACCAUCCA